AUGGCGGAGUAUCAAGCCCGUGAUUCUGAUUUUAAAACUCGUGACUGGCGUACCAUGUGGAAUAACAGAAUUGUGCAACAGGUUGGUUGGAUAAUUACUGAGUAUUUUAAGACGAUAAAUUUCAUGAACAAUUUUCAUUUCCGGUUUGCUGAGGGUAAAAUGGAACAUUUUGUUAAUUAAAAUACUGUGAAACUAUGAAUACUGCAGAAUUUGUCUUACUGAACUCCUUCAAAUUUCGACGUGAGAGGCUGCAUGAUGGAAACCUAUCGCUAUAACAAGUACGAGUGUUUUUUGUUAAUUAGUUAACUCACGCCAUAGUUUGUUAAGGUAUGAUUAUCUGGAUUCCCGGCAGACGCCAAACCAAAGCCACAAAAUAAAUCGACGUUUGUUCCUCACAGUGCACAAAUUCUUUGUCUCAACUUCAUAUAUUAUUGAUCGUAAUUACUUCCAUUGCUACUACGAAUUUGGAGGCAGUUGCUAUUCAAUGUACCCUACCCAACCACGCAAAAUGGCUUCUUGUGUGCUGUUAUAGACCACCUGAUAGUAACGAUAUGUCUGAUCUUAGAUCCUUUGCUGAUAACCUAUUUCCUAGUUACGACAAGAUUAUUAUUGCCGGGCAUUUUAACCUCCCAAAUAUCUCUUGGACAGAUGGUAACUAUACAUCGUUUGGUUCAUUGAGUCAGAAUUUCUGCGAUAUUUCAUAUCCCAACUUUGCCUUACGCCUACGAGAGAAUCAAAUAUUCUGGAUCUACUGAUUACAAACCAACCUGAACAAGUAUCAUUUAUAGACAUCUGCUCUCCAACGGAUUUAAGAAUGUCUUCUGAUCAUAAAAUUAGACAGUUUAAAUUUUCCUCCGCAUUUAAAACCAUUCAAUCUAAUAAACGUUUGGUCUACGAUUACAGACGAGCCAACUUUGACGGCCUACGAAAACGUUUAAUAGACAUAGACAUUUGUUCUCUUGUAACAAAUAAUGGAACGGAAUCUAGUGUUGAUGAUGACUUGUCAACUUGGAAGGACGCCAUGAUGUCUGCUGUGCAUGAAUUUAUCCCUUCCAAAUAUGUCGGGACCCUCGUCGCUCACCACCUUGGAUAACACCUACCAUCUUACAUCAUAUUCGUAAAAAGGUUACUGCCCGUAAGAGAUUCCUUAGCCGUGGAACUGAUUAUCUUAAGGCGAAGUUUAACAAACUGAGAGCUGAAGUUAAAAAAAGUGAUUCAAAAUAGCAGAGAGUCAUUUUUCUCGUCAUUAGGAAACACUAUACAAAUCAACCCAAAACGUUUUUGGUCGAUUUUCAAAAUCAAGUCAAGUUCUGGAAAUAUACCCAACUCCGUCACAAGGUCGGAUACCAACAAUCCUGGGACUAGAUUACAUGCUAACACACCAUACGACAUUGCAACAAUGUUUAACGAGUACUUUCAUUCUGUCUACACAUGUUUUUCUGACCAACCCUCGCCAUCUCAAUCUGGUUCAUCAUCUCCUUUAUCCAGCAUCUCAUCCAUUGACCUCUCUCUAGAAGAAGUAUAUCAAGCCUUACUGAACUUAGAUCCUUCUAAGGCUCAUGGUCCUGACGGGUUUCCUUCCCGCAUUUUAAAGGAAUGUGCCCUCCAAUUAGCACCUUCACUUCACUGCUUGUUUUCAAAGUCACUCCGCUUAUCGCAGGUUCCCACCAAAUGGAAAUUAGCUAAUAUAAUUCCUCUACUCAAGAAAGGAAACAAAGAUCACGUUGAAAACUACCGUCCCAUUUCUCUGUUAUGUAUCAUAAGCAAGACUCUUGAACGUUGUGUCCUCAACCAUUUAUCGCACCGUAUACAGUCCAACAUUCAUUCGGCGCAGUAUGGUUUCGUCAACGGAAGAUCAAGCGCAGCUCAGUUAUUGUCAAUUUUAAACACUAUUGGGAAAAACUUGGAUCAGGGUUUACAAACUGAUGUUGUUUUCAUGGAUAUUUGUAAGGCCUUCGAUAGCGUUGACCAUUCCAUACUUUUACAAAAACUUCACGAUUUCGGCUUCUCUGGUUCUCUCUUGCUAUGGUUUCAAAACUAUUUAUCAGGUCGCUUCCAACGGGUAACUGUACACGGCGCUACGUCUCUGCCAAUCACAUCUGGAGUCCCACAAGGAUCGUUGCUGGGUCACUUUCUCUUCUCAGUGUACAUCAAUGACUUACCUAACAACAUAUCCACUUCCACUGGGGUCGGUUUGUUUACUGACGAUACCAAACUUUACAGAUAUGUGCAGAAUCCCUGUGAUGCAUUGGUCUUGCAAGAUGAUAUUCAAGGCCUACUUUGUUGGUCGAUAGAAAACUGGCUACGCUUUAACCAAUUUAAGUGUAAAGUGCUGUCAAUAACCAGAAAGAAAUCGCCUUUAAUUUAUCCCUAUAAGCUUGACAAUGAUCAGUUGUUGGUUUCCGACGCACAGGUUGAUCUGGGUAUCACCAUUAGUCCUAAGCUAUUAUGGAACGAUCAAGUAAAUAAAGUGCGGUCGAAAGCCAACCAAAUGCUCGGGCUAAUUAGACGAUCUACCGCGGAGUUGACUGUUAUCAACGCGAGGAGGCUUCUACAAGAACUGUAUCUACAACUCGUACGCAGCACUUUUGGUUAUGCAUCCCAAGUAUGGUGCCCACAAUCCAUUAAGUUAAUCGAAGACAUCGAGAAGGCGCAGAGAAGAGCAACGAAAUACAUCUUAAAUCUUGGGUUUACCACCGAUGUCUCGUACAUAACUAGAUUACAUCAACUGGAGUUACUACCAAUAACUUAUUGGCAUGAAUAUUUGGACAUGGUUUUACUCUAUAAGUUAAUUAACAACUAUACCUAUGUUAAUGAGAGUGCUCUACCAAUAAUAGCUGAAUCAGGAAAAACCAGACAUGAAACCAACGAAAACGUGAUCAGAUUUGUAAUACUCUUUGCUAAAACUGUAACAUACCAGUCUUCAUAUCUUAUUAGAGCGUGUAAAACGUGGAACGUUUUAAAUAGUGACCUCCGUAAUAGAGAUAUUGGCCUGCAAGCUUUCAAUAUUUAUAAGUAUGACGAUCCGCGAACUUGCAUGGAAGUCUGUGUGCGUUAAAUGUAAAAGGGCUAGGUCCCUUGAUGGUGUUUUAAGUUGUUGUUAGUUGUCUCUUGCACCGAUUGUACUUUGUCUUAAAUUAGUUCGUUUCGACUGUUAAAAUUAUUGUAAACGUAAAGUUAAUUAUGGGGUCGCCGUAAUUGGGGAACCUGUGGCGAACUCCCUGGCGCUAUAUUAGCCGAAUCUCAUUAAAUCGUGGUUGCAUGUUUCACCUCCGCUAUCCCUAUUGGAUGAUUACUUCAAUACAACAAGCUGAAUCACCAUGACCGUCCACAAAUUAACAUAACCUCAGACAGAAACAUAACACAAUACUUCUGUUUCAUUUCCAAACAUAUCUUGAUAGACAUUUUAAGUAAAUUAAUACAAUUAUACAGCUUGAGAGACCAUUUUGUUUAAAAGAAAGAACUCAAAGUUUAUGCAAAUCAGCAAAGUUUUCUAUCAGAUUUACAAGACUCGUUCACAGUCAUGAUUUCCUAAUGAACUGAGAGGUUCAGAUUUGACUUCCACUACCGCUAUCUCACAGGCAUAAUACGCAUUUGAUUGGUUAAUUGGGUAGGUUAGAUGCAUCUGAUUGGUUAAUGAAGUCAAAAUCUGAACCUCUCGAAAGUAAUUUGGUUGCAAGUAUGUUGUUUAACUGAAGACGUAAUAAUAUGAUAACUCGUGCAACAUGAAAUACCCACACUCGUAGUGUACUAUGGCAAUGAUCGUACUCUGCGUGAAUUUUUGGAGGUCGUGAUAUUACAUUUCCCUUUUAGAGUGGUUUUGGUAUAAAAUAUCUUCUGGAUCACCACAGCAAUGAUUAUGUCACUCGACGGUUAUCAACAUACAACUUAGAAUUCAGUUCACCAUAUCGAAUGGAAACAACAAAGUAUCAACCACGACGAUGGGAUAGGAAUACGCAACAUUGGGUGCCAGAGAAGAUGGAUUUACCUAUAUCAAGUAGGUCGCUUGUGGAUUGCAUAUUUUAACCCAUUUUCACUUUUUUUCCAGUGCUGGUUAAUGGCUUCUCUAUUAUUUUUAAAGGCCCAUUAAACAGAUCCCACAAUAUAUGCCCAACAUCAUGAAAACAUCAAAAUAUAUCUUAUAAGAUUUAUACAACUUGAGAAUCUGUGCUUUAAAAUAUUUGGGAAAGACAAGGAGACACAGUAUAGAGCAUUUGAAAAUUGUUGGAUGGUAUUGGUUCCAUUUGAACGUAAGACUCUGCGCGGAAAGUGAGCAUGUGUUACGGUUUGCUUCGAAAGGGACUGUAAAUAGUACAUCAUGUCCAUUCGUUUCUUCUGAAAGUGGCUAAAGAUUAAAGUACUGACAAUACUUUUUUUGAAUUUUAGAGCUGCAAUUUUAGAGUACUGUAAUUUGAUGACGAUGUCAUGUUACACGUUAUGCUCAUUCAUUUCUGUGUUACCAUGUUUAGUGUAAGGGAAAUGUCGGCGAGAUAAAACGCAGUCAUGCUUAUAUACUUUGUCUGCAAAUACGUUUUACUUAGAAACUGCAGUAAAAAUUAUAUCUCGUGCAUGUAACGUGAAUGGCCUGUAGCCGCAAAUUACUGCUGUAAUAAUGAAAGCAGGCACCAUGCAUUGUUUUGCUUCAAUAAAUAUGUUUUGUUAUUUAGAGAAUAAGACGUUAUAUGAUACGAUACAGAAAAUGAAGGUAUGCUACAUUUAAUUUGUACUAUUCAUGAAUGGACAAAUUGUGAACAAGGUUUUCAUUGAGUAGCGACGGUUAUAUAUUACACGACAACGCUGUCCGGACCCGUUAAUAUCAUCAGGUUACCCAGUCCAUUGAAAUAUAUGCAUGGCGAAUUUUUAUUCACGAGUUAUAUUAUGAUAAUUUUGAGCUAUGCGUAAAAGUAUGCUUAGCCCAACGGUCGACGAGAGUUUAAACUAGUCGGGUUAAAAAAUCAAACAAGUUUUUAAGUAAAACACAAAUAUAAAAACAACACUGAACAGCCCGAAGCGGGUCCGAACCCGGAACCAAGAACGUGGUAGACACACACGUGAUCAGGCGCACCCUUUGCUUGCUAAGCUACUAUCAAGCUCACUGAAAACCUUCGUAAAAAAAUUAAACUAAUUUUACAUUACUGAUAUGAAGUUUAAUCGAAAAACUGAGCCAAAAAUAUUAUUCUGAUCUGGGGAACAGGGAGUGAAUACGAAAUACGUAUAACAGCUAGAUGACGUAUUUCGUUUUGACCUAUAAUAAAUUCUUGAUGUAUAUGGAAUAUGAUUUAUAUGAAAUUUAAAUAUUGCAAAUUCUAUUUUCUAUUCAGACAAAUCUUCGAGAUGUUGCUAUGGAAGGAAAGAGCAAGCAAGAGAAUGCAUUUGUUUUUCCAACUCCACAAGAUUCGUCAUCAAAAGCACCAAAACUUUCUUAUAGGCACAGUGAUAAAGAAAGGUCACGAAAUAUGAACAUUGAUAAACAACAAAAUUUGGAUAUUUCUAUCAAUGUAUAA